UUGGUUCCCUUGAAAAUGUCAACAGAUAGCUUUCUAUAAAUGACCCUUCCUCUAAUUUAGUACAAAACAUCAUUAGCAAUAGCAUCAUCAACAAAACUCCACUCAAUUCUAUUCCACAAGCUUUCAACCAACUUCAUCAAAUCAUCAUCACCAAUGCUGAGAGGGAUGACCCAUAUAUAUAACAAUUAAAAAUUUAAGACCCCAUUUUUUAUAGUCCACAAAACAAAAGCCGUGUGUUCUGUCUGUCUGUCCCAUUCACAACAUACCAACAAGUUUCAAUGAGCACACAUGGUUCUUACAGCAUGAGAUCCAAGGCCUCCUUUGAAAAUGAAGCUAAGGCCACAGGGAAAGAAAGUGGGGGAGGAGGAGGAGGAGGUAGUGGUGGAGGUGGCAAGAGUGGGAAGACAAUGUCCCCCAACAGCAAGGAGAAUCUGUUUAUAGUUUUUCUGGUGACACUUUGGUACUCUUCAAACAUUGGUGUGAUCCUUCUGAACAAGUACCUGCUUUCAAACUAUGGAUUCAAGUUCCCAAUCUUCCUCACAAUGUGCCACAUGUCAGCUUGUGCUGUUCUCAGCUAUAUCUCCAUUGUGUUCUUCAAGGUGGUGCCUCAGCAGAUGAUCAAAUCAAGGUCCCAGUUCAUCAAGAUUGCAACUUUGAGCCUUGUCUUCUGUGCCUCUGUGGUUGGUGGCAACAUCUCCCUCAAGUACCUGGCUGUGUCCUUCAACCAAGCGGUGGGGGCAACCACACCCUUCUUCACUGCUGUCUUUGCCUAUUUGGCCACCCUCAAGAGAGAGGCUUGGGUUACCUAUGGUGCCCUUAUUCCUGUUGUUGCUGGAGUUGUCAUUGCAAGUGGGGGCGAGCCAGGGUUUCACUUAUUUGGAUUCAUUAUGUGCCUAAGUGCAACUGCCGCAAGAGCCUUCAAGUCUGUCCUUCAGAGCAUUUUACUUUCUUCUGAAGGGGAAAAGUUGAACUCAAUGAAUUUGCUCCUGUAUAUGUCUCCAAUCGCGGUUCUAGUUUUGUUGCCUGCAGCACUUAUAAUGGAGCCAAAUGUCGUAGAUGUCACAUUGACGCUUGCAAAGGACCAUAAAUCAAUGUGGCUACUUCUUUUUCUAAACUCAGUCAUAGCGUAUGCAGCAAACUUAACAAACUUCUUGGUGACUAAACAUACCAGUGCUCUCACACUCCAGGUAUUAGGCAAUGCAAAAGGUGCCGUAGCUGUUGUAAUCUCAAUACUCCUAUUCAGAAACCCUGUCACUGUUCUUGGCAUGGGUGGCUAUACAAUUACCGUGAUGGGAGUAGCUGCAUAUGGAGAAACAAAAAGGAGGUUUAGAUGAACAAUCUCUAACAUUCACCGAUUGUCUGAUUCGUGUAUUUUAUUGUAGUUUAUUUAUAUGAACAAGAUUCUUUGUAACGUGACUAGGAGUAGAAGGGAGCCAUUUUAUAAUGUUAUUCUGUUGUAUCUACCACAUAAAUAUUUAUUUAUCACUGGUACAUUUUGUCCUAAGUAAGUGUACCAAAAAAAAAUUGUAAUGAGUUGAAGCACGAGAAUUAUGCUUAGGAAUGCGUCAGAGGCAAUAGUUACUAAUGAAGAGAAAGUUGAUAGCAAA